AUGUGCUUCUCGCCCUAGGAACUAAUGGGGGAAAGGAAUGCUUCCGCCCGGACAUAAUAGUGAACAGUACAAAUCCAUCGAGAAGAUUUCUACGUUGAUGGUGGAAACCACAUCACCGUCAUCAUGCCGACGGUGGUCCUGAUGGACGCGUCUUUGUCCAUGACGCGGCCGGUCUCUCUGGAGCAGUGUUCCGAGGAGUUGCAGAGGAAGAACCUAGCUGUGGCCGGACUCACCAUGCUGUUUGAGCACAUGGCUAACAACUACAGACUGGAGUUCACUUCUCUAGUGGCCUUCUCUUCCCUGUGGGAGCUACUGGUGCCUUUCACCAGGGACUACAACACCCUACAGGAAGCCCUGAACAACCUGGAGGACUAUGACAAGACGUGUCUGGAGUCAGCUUUACACGGAGUCAGCAACGUGGUGCAGCAGGAGUGGGGCCACGCCUGUCCCACACAGGUGGUGUUGGUAACAGACGGCUCUCUGGGGAUCGGUAAAGGCUCUCUGAGACACUCCCUACAGACUCUGAAAGGACGACCGGAGGAUAAGAAGUUCCCCCUGCCCUUCCCUUUCCCUGCCAAGCUGUUCGUCAUGUGCAUCGCUAACGCAGAGGAGUUACAGAUGACAGACACGAUGCAUAACCUGGAGCAGCUGCUCCAGCUGAACGGAGGAGACGGACAGAUCUUCACUAUGGAAGGCCAGCUCUGUCUGAAGAGUGUCCAGUCCAUGUUCGGACGUCUGAUAGAUGAGGUCUACUCCCCGUUCCCUGCUGUACUGCGUUGUGGGAACCUGGCAUCUGAUGUCCAGGUGUUCCCCAGACCUGAGCCUGUGUUCCUGGAUGAGGAAAUUGACCCUAUGCCCCGACACAUCCUCACAGAUCUGGAGAUCGUUGGUUUCAUAGAGAUAGGAGACAUCUCCAGUCCUCCUGUCAUGUCCAGACACCUGGUCCUGCCUAUCGCUGUCAAUAAAGAGGUGGAUGAUGUGGGUCCAGGAACCACAGAGGAGCCAGAGGAGGAGACAUCAGCCAACCAGCAGGCAGGGAAGGUCCCCAACUUCUGUGUCCUACUCCAUGGCAGUCUGAAGGUAGAAGGCAUGGUGGCGCUGGUGCAGCUGGGCCCAGAGUGGUAUGGUAUGCUGUACUCCCAGGCAGACAGCAAGAAGAAGUCUAAUCUGAUGAUGUCUCUGUUUGAGCCUGGACCUGAGCCUUUACCCUGGCUGGGCAAGGUGUCUCAGCUAGGACCUAUAUCAGAUGCAGCUGAGAACCCGUACGGGGAGGAUGACAGUAAGAGUCCUUUCCCUCUGCAGCCUAAGAUCAAACGCAGCUACGCUCAGAACGUCACUGUCUGGAUCAAAGCUAGUGGACUGCAGACUGAUGUGCAGAAGAUCCUGAGGAACGCCAGGAAACUGCCAGAGAAGACUCAGACCUUCUACAAGGAGCUGAACCGUCUGCGGAAGGCAGCGCUGGCGUUUGGUUUCUGGGAGCUGCUGAAGGGCGUGGCAGAGCUGUUAGAGAGGGAGUGUACCCUGCUGCCAGACACGGCUCACCCUGACGCAGCCUUCCAGCUAUCACACGCUGCCAAGCAGCUUAAACUGGCCUCCACAGGAGACUCCCAGUACGCUGCCUUCGACCAGAACAUCAACCCCAUGCACACCGACUUCUCUGGGGGAGGAGCUGGCAUGUAGAGGAAGGAAGACUGCUUCUGAAAUGGCCCGUUGACCUGUGUCCUCUCUAAUGCCCAGGAAGCUCCGAUUCAAGUAGAGAUGUUGACCGUUGUCCCCUCUAAUGCCCAGGAAGCUCCGAUUCAAGUAGAGAUGUUGACCUGUGUCCUCUCUAAUGCCCAGGAAGCUCCGAUUCAAGUAGAGAUGUUGACCGCUGUCCUCUCUAAUGCCCAGGAAGCUCCGAUUCAAGUAGAGAUGUUGACCGCUGUCCUCUCUAAUGCCCAGGAAGCUCCGAUUCAAGUAGAGAUGUUGACCUGUCUUAAUUUGUUGAGUAAUGGCUGUAUUUUGACAAUUUGAAUCUGAGCUUCCUGGGUUGUUAGAGAAGAGACCCGUCAUGCUCAACAUCUCUAAAUCCUGGUCUAAAGUAGUGCACUAUAUAGGGUGCUGUUUCUGACUAUUAGAAUGGCACACCAAAUGUUAAAAGCUAAGGCCUUUGGCUUCACAUGUGUUUUUGACCAUAUCGUUUUUAUAACUUUCCUAAUGAAUAAAUGAAAAAAAGGUUUCUUUUUUCCAA